AUGUCGCAGAUCUCAAGAUCACCGGCGAUUACAUCCCGGAGAAAAAAACCACCGCAUCCAUCACCGUCGGCUCGUUGUAGUAGUAGGACGAAGAAUAAGCCAAAAUUGGUCAAAAUCCUGAAGCGCUGCUCAUCGGCGCCUCUGCUAAUUUCACGAGGAGAUCAUGAAGAUGAAGAUGAUAUUGUUGAUGUCGUUGCUCAAUAUUCUUUCAGAAGCAGAGGAGGAACACUUUCAAAUGCCUUUGUUUCUUCCCCUUCUCUCUUCCCUUCUUCUCCAACGAUUUACGCAAACGAGAUGAAAGGAUACGACAAGGAAGCUAAGGUUGUGGUUAAUGUCACAGUUGAAGGAAGUACAGGACCAGUAAGAACCAUGGUUAAACUGGGAUCUACCGUAGAACACACAAUAAAGCAUGUAGUGGAUAAAUAUAGAGAAGAAGGAAGAAGCCCCAAGAUUGAUUCCAAUGUGCCAUCUUCAUUUCAAUUGCAUCUUUCCUAUUUCAGUCUCCAAGGUUUGGACAAAUCAGAAGUAAUUGGAGAUGUAAAUAGUAGAAACUUUUAUAUGCGGAAGAGUAAUGGUGAAUCUACAAGCGAUCAGGAUUUAACAAAACAUCGUUCUGCGAAUCCUUCAAUGUUACUUCCAUCUUUUGUUGCUUUGAAAAUUAACCAAAUUAUAAGAAGAGCUCACAGGUUUUGGAAGAUUCUGGUAUGCUCGCCAUGA